CUCUUCGCCACCAUGAGGCUGUGGAAUUUGGCCCUCGCGGCAUUCGAUGUCAUUCCCCUCGUCUUCCUGUGUGUUGGUACGCAAAAGCUGGCAGAAGAAGCCUCGAAAGAAGCCGAACAAGAGGCGUACUCUUCCACUGUGUGCGUGUUCGUUUAGCCUUGAAGUCGGGCUACUGGCUGGAGCCUCAUCGAUUCGGCUACGUCAUGGAUGCUCCAUACGCCGGUGGCUUCUUCGCCACCGGCAUCGUUUUCCUCAUCUUCAGCGUCUGCUUCAAGUGAGGCUCUUCUGUCAAUGAAUGCACAGCACGGAUCCUGUGUGUAUGGCCUACUCGCAGCCUCUACCUAUCGUACACUGAAGACAUGCGCAUUGCGGCACAAUCCUUCGUCGGCUCCAUCUUCCAUCUCGCAGUCUCGGUGGUGGUGUCGCUUGCGGUUAUGGCCUGGUUCAUGAUGGGCGUAUAUUGCUGCUGUUUCUGCUUCGCCUACUGCUACCCGGAGCACUGGGACCUUCGUAUCAUCUUUACCACACAAGGAACCCUCGGGGCGCACAGGGGAAUUGAACAAGCGCGAGGGCAAAAGAUCGAUGUGGAUGCGAUGGUGGAGUCUAUCAACCAACCCAGCAGCUCCCGACAAUCAGAUGUUGGAGAUGCAAUCGCCGGGCUGGUGCAGUGCCUCGUCUACGUCUAUCACGUCGACUGGACAUUCCCCGCCCUCCACCUCAGCAGGCCGUCGAAGUGGACGGCAAUCAUCUUCUUCGUCAUCGGUAAGCCAGCAUUGAUUCCAAGUGUGUGCACAUUGCUGCCUACCGUCGAUCCGCAUUUGUAUUUGUCGUGUCUCCAUGCAGGCUACAUUUUUUAGUUGAUGUUUGCAGCUGCUGAGGUUGUGUCUCCAGAGGACUACGAACGAGGGCCCCGUCCUGGCAAGGUCGAAUUCGGGCAGGCCAGCGUUCUGGGUAGGCAAUAUAGACGUUCAUGCUGUAAUCGUUUCUAUAUUUAUUGUGUCGAACUGCACGGUUUCAGCAACGGUGGGUAUCGGUCUCACCAUCCUCUCAUUGAUCGUCGAGAACCUGUGGCCGAAAUUCAAGGGCAAACCCGAAAUCGACAUCGACGAGCUCGAUCUCCUCGAAUCAGGUUGCGAGUGAAAGUGGGAGAGCCUGCGUGAGUUAGAGUUCAGUGGGCUGAGUGAGUGAGGGAAGACGGCCCGAGUCUGUGUGCCUUGAGAGGGAUGCCUGAGUCAGGGUGCUUUGUGUGCUUUGGCGGAGUUGGGGAGUUGGCCCGUAUGUUUUGAGUCCGUGUGCUUUGGGGCAUCUGUUGGUGCAGUUCGCGUCCUUUCGCUCAGUCAGUGUGAACACGAGACUCCUGCUGAAUCUACUAGUGUGAGCUAUGAGGGUGUAAAGCAUACCCCCAUACCACACACCUACGUAGGCUUGCUUGCUUACAAUAUUG